AUGUAUCCGUUUGAUCGAAUACGAGAACGCAUCUACGCAAGACCCUCGGAAUCUGCUGUACCACGUCUUAUUGUUAUCGAUGGUUGUAACGUUGCCCGCAGUUCAUGCGGAACAGAUCCUCGCACCGCACGCGCCGGUCGACCGGCAUUCAUCAAUUACGAUGAUUUGUACGUGUUGGAAUUUGCGGAACGUCAUGGUGGUUGUGUAUUAUCCAGUGAUAGAUUUGAUGACAUAGCAAAAGAACAUUCUUACAAAGAUUUGCGUCGAAUAAUUGAGGAACGUCGAAUUAACGUCAUUUUUCGUCCAUUAACCAGCGAUUUUGUUCAUUAUGGACGUGACCGUUUCUUUCGUUUCCUACCUGAAAUUUGUAUUAUACAUGAUAAUAAUGAUUUUUGGCAAAUUGAAGAACACAUACAACAGCGCUUAUAUUGUCUUCCGGAUGACAAAGAUUAUGUUAAGGCUGUUAGUCGUAGACAGCGUUGGACAGUGGAACGUCGAGAUGAAAUUGUUUGCACGAUUGAUGCAUUAUUUGAUGAAAUUGCUGCAAAGAAUUGUUUGGUACCAAAAAUUAUACCAAUUCAAUUUUCAAAUACAAAAGUAUCACGAAAUACUGCAACUUUAUCAACGACAUCAACAAAGCUGACAGUAACACGAUCAACACGAAUAGCUUAUGAUGCGAGAUGUGCUAAGAUAAUCAAUCGUUUGGAUCAAAUCUUUGAUCGUGCUCUAAUUGUCAAGCUGUGGAAGAAAGGAUCUUACAGAUUUGAUAUGAAAGAAUUUACAAAGCUCAUUAACAAAAUAACAUUAAAUUGGCCAAGACGUCAAGAGGCAAGGGAAAAGGAAGAAAAUGAAUAG